GGAACAUCGUGAAGCCGGCGUCUCAUUAUCUCUUCAGAAUAGUAGGUGUAUAAAACUAAAUAUCAAAUUUCACUUGCAAAAUGUUUGGAUAUGUACUUUUUAUGAGCUUCUGGUUAGUAACCACUCCAGGAUCGGCUCUUGAAUGGCUGACAGCACCCGAAAGAUUGGUUGGAUCCGUCGCCAGAUUAUUUUACACAGAAGAGACAGUAAAAUGGCAGCAUAUAUUGCGUCUUAAGAUAGAAACUGUGCCGUUCAAGGGUAAUGGUAUAGUGUGUUACUUCAAUAUAACAAGUCGCCCAAACGUUGCUGUAAUGAAUAUCACUUCAUUUAGACGACUCGAUAAAAAUCUAAUUGUGCUUUCUUGGUACAACGAAAUGGCUCACGGUUAUAAUCGCCAAACUGAAAUUGCAAUAAUAAGCUCGAAUAAUUGUACUAGAAAUGAUCUUAAUUUGAUAGUCGAAAAUGCUAUCGUUCUUCCAUCAGCUGAUAAUUUAGACAUUUUCUUUCAAGACUCCAGCGAUCUUUGUUCUGUUAAUCAGAAUAAUAAUGACACCCGCUCCAUUUAUCGAUGCUGGUACAGCUAUUUUACACAGGACAUUAGCAAUACUCCUAUAGCAAGCGUAGUAAUGAAAUUUAAUGUUAACCUCGAUUGGUCGAGCAUGCGGAUCGAUCGAUUGCCAUCUAAAGAUUUUGUUGUUCGAGGAUUUCAAGGCGAACUUUACAAAGUAUUGAAAAUGGAUCAUUCUAACGGUAAAUUUAAGGAGCUGAUGUCACUAAAAAGUCCUAAUCGGACUUUACAAAUGGCUUCCAGAGGUUUGACUUUUUGCUGGGUCGACAAUUCUGGUUAUGAUAAGAACAUUAGUUGUAACCAAUUCAAUAACCGAAACAAGUUAGUUUAUUCGACUACCGCUUCGUUUCACGAACCUAUAAUAAUUAAAUACGUACAAUCUGAUUAUGAAGGGCAGAUUAGCUGCUUGGUUGUUAAAGCUCACUGCACAGAUAGAGAAGAUUGCUGGACAUUUACGCGGAAAAAUUUUUAUCGCAAAGGUAAUAGAUCCACAAAAGAAACAGAUGUGAUCAAUUGUAAAUCAAAAAAUAGGAAUAAUUUUGUGUUUUUUGGUUUUCUGAACAAUACUUCUUCUGUAAGUCACACAGUCAUCUGUACUCGGUCAGGGGAUGUAUUAGGUAGUGAGUGAUAUCGAGAUAGGGAUAGUCUCAUCUAUGUUGUAUAAGAAGCUCCACAUCACUACGAGAAGCAAUUUUAGGUUAUUGUUACAUAUCUAAAUAAAAUAUA